CGAGACUAUCAUCAGAAGUAGAAAGGCCGGCCGAAGAUUGGCCUUUUCAGUAUCAAGCGAGCUGCUGUCGCCCCAGGAGCCAUCAUCCCCCGCGCUUUCGUCGUCUGUCAUCCGAAGCAUCUCAAUCUUCCUCGUUACAGAAUGACCCGUGAAAACCAUCUGAUGAAAAUGUCGGCCCAAGAGGCACACGAGGCAACGAGCGCCCUCGAGAAACUCCGCUGCCUCGUCCUGACGAAGGGCUAUGACAGCGUCCUCCAGUUUGGAAAGUUGAUGAGAAGGCGCGAACGCGAGGACAACCACACCGUCACCAGAGACGAGAUGAGAGCCAUCAUAACUGAGUACGGCGUGGAAUUCAGCGACCAUGAAGUCGACGAUUUGUUCUCCAGCCUCGACAAAGAAGACAUGGGCGCCAUCAACUGCGAGGAGUUUCUCAUUAAACUCAGGCCAGAAAUGUCUGAUGCCAGGAAACACGUCGUGGAAGAGGCCUUCAGUAAGCUGGCUGAUUCUGAAGAUGGUGUCAUUAGUGUCGAAGACAUGAAGAACAAAUUCGACGCAUCUCGUCACCCCAAGGUCCUGUCGAAAGAGGCAACGGAACACGAUACUCUGAUGAAUUUCAUCACAAACUUUGAGGGAGGCGUUCAUGAUGAUGGCAAGGUGUCAAAGGAGGAGUUCAUGGAGUACUACUCGGGAGUGAGCAAGUCCAUUGGCGAUGACGAUUACUUCACAACAGUCGUCCAGAACAAAUGGAUUCUCUAAAUGAAGAACAGCGAAGAAUCGGAAGUGGAAGAAGGGCUUUUAAGAAACUCCAUUUCACAGAAGAGAAAUCAAGCACAACAACUCAUUCGUAUCUUCAUUGGCCACUUUUGUGGUUGCUAAAUUACUCAUAAGUAAUGAUUUCCAAAAUUGCCCGGCAAAUCUGUACAAAUAAAAUUACGAUUAGGUUUAGGUGUAAAUAAAGCAAAUAAAUUAGCAAUUGGCAAAA